ACACUUAAUUACCACCUUGUAAUAAAGAAGAUUCGAGAAAGCAAAGCUUGAAAGGCCAGCAACUACUAUAUAUAUAUAUCUCGGACACUUGAAAGGUCAUAACCAUCACCGAAUUUAGUUACAAGAAUCAAGAAUGAGAGACGCAGACGAGGACAGGCCGCCUGUUGCUGCUGCAGGGAAUAAGAAGUCGUAUGAAUAUGAUGAGAAUCGGGGGACGGGAUCGAAUAUGAACUACGGCGGCAUUCCCCUGAGUUGUGAUCAGCAGAGCUUAUGGGUUCAGGAUGAGGAUGAGCAGCCGCCAAGUUGUGAGGUUCCUCCUCCGCCGGCGGUCGUGCAUGGGGUGGUGGCGGUGGAGAAGAUCAAGGGAGAAGCUGGCAGUAGUAAAACCCACCACGCUUCCGAUUCUCGUCACCAUUAUUUGCAAACAACAGAUAUUGAAGGACAUGAAGAUGGAGGCACAGAAGAGGAUUCCAAGACAGGCAGCGAGUGCAGACAGCAAAAGAGAGCGCGUUCCACUCAAGUACAUAACCUCAAUGAAAGGUUGAGGAGGCAAAAACUGAAAGAAAAGAUGAAAACUCUCCAGGAACUGAUUCCCAACUGUAAUAAGAGAGACAAAGCAUCCACCCUGGAUGAUGCCAUAAAGUAUAUAAAGACAUUACAGUAUCAUGUUCAGAUGAUGUCAAUGGGAGCAGGUUUCUCUAUGCUCCGCUCUCCGACAAUGACGCCGCAGCCAGAGCAUCAAGGAUUGCAGGUUCCUAGUUUUCCUCCUAUCCUGCACGCGGUUCCAGGGGGACCGGGAGCUGGUCAAGGAUUGCAGGUUCCUAGUUUUCCUCCUAUCCUGCACGCCGUUCCAGGGGAGCCGGGAGCUGGAAUCGGCUGUGGAUUGGGAAUGGGAAUAUCCGGCCUGUCUUCCUCAGCUGGUUUUGCCAUGAGACAGUUGGCAUUAUCUAGUCCAUCUUCAUUGCCUGGAAUAUCAGAAGCAGCUCAUAAUCCGGUAAACAUUUUGGGAUCGUCGCCCUUCGUUUGUUCUAGCAUGGAUUUGCGGCCGAUGUAUGCUGCUGUUUUUACUCCUGGAUCCCAAUGUACAGCAACAGCGUUAGAUGGUAGUAGUCCGUCGUCUCAAUGUGCAAUGAGCAGUAAGAGCGAGUCGUGUCAUGUCCCUGUGACAGGCGAGGUCGGUUCACCCUCGUCCUGCAGUCUUGAGGGACAAUUUAAGGAAGGAGGAGCGAGAGCAAGAGUGCUACCAAGUCAAGUCAUUCGGCCUUGUUUCAUUGAGGAUGACAGGUCUACUAGCCACGAUGGAUCUAGUGAAUGGGCAAGCAGUGAGACAGCAAAGUUGGGAGACUGUUUCUAAAUUCUGGAAAACGAUGUUAGGUUGGUGGAAAUUGCCUGCCUUGAUAUCUCAAAGUCAUGUUUUCCUCCCUUUCUUGAAUGUGUUAUCAAGAAAAAGGACAAACAUAUGUUCAGAUGUUUCUGUUCUUGUUCUCCUUUUCUUUUGUGCUUUGUUGGGUAA